AUGUCGCAUGAAAUGUCCCACAUUGGUCCUCGGGCCUUCAACCAUGACCAGUCUGGCGACGCAGAGGCCGAAUAUGAUCGUCUUCGCAAUCUAGCACGGCAAGAAGCCUCAAAGCGCGGCUCCUGCUUUCACAGAUCCCAGGAAGCCUAUCAAAAUGGCGAUGGCGCAGCAGCCAAAGAAUUGUCGGAGCAGGGAAAGGCUCACGGCCGUAAGAUGGAAGAGUACAACAAGCAGGCCUCCGAGUUCAUCUUCCGCGAAAACAACGCCAAUGGUCGUGUAGAUGCCGAUACCAUUGACCUUCACGGUCAAUUCGUCGAGGAGGCAGAGGAGAUUCUCGAGGAGAGAAUCAAGUAUGCCAAGGCUCAUGGGCAGACUCAUCUUCAUGUGUAUGUCCUCCGCUAUCCGUCCUACUCCUGUGUACUAGGCUCAUCCGUUUGUUUGUUAUGUAGCAUCGUCGGCAAAGGCAAUCACUCCGCCAACCACGUCCAGAAAAUUAAGCCCCGCGUCGAACAAGUCUGCCAGGAACUCGGUCUCCAAUACGCUACCGAAGAAAAUGCCGGUCGCAUGUACGUGAACCUCACCGGUGGUGCCGCCGAUAUGCCAAGUAGCGGUCACCACGCCUCGCACCAGUAUCCCGGCCAACAGCAACAAUCACACCAGCAGCCUCACCAACAGCAGCAACAGCAGCCCGACGAGAUCGAGCAAAUCGUCAAUGCUGUCCUGCCCAGGAUUAUGCGCAAGCUGGAGAAGGCUUGCUGUGUUGUUAUGUGA